AUGCUCGACCUUGCCGGAUACGAUAGCAGCGACGAUGAGGUAGAGCAGCAGGCUCCUUCGCCUCGUUUGCAGACACAGGAGAAAGAGGUGACAGCCCCAACGCCACAGCCUGACCAGAGCAAAGGCGAUCAGAGUACAGUUCAGCCUUCGACUGAGGUACCCAACGAGAGCACCAAUAUAGCCGCGGCGGCUACACCGGCUGGACCGGCUGGACCUGUGCUUGGGCCCGCAUCUAUAGACAUGGCACCACUUCCAGAGGACUCGGAUAUACCUUACUCUACCCCCGGUACCAAAUCUCGAGAUUCCACCUUCACCCCCGGAUCUCCAAACCCAGCGGUCAACGCGAAAUUUGAGCACUUCCUCUCGCUCAAGAAGCAAGGCGUACAUUUCAACUCUAAACUUGCCAGCUCUACAUCUCUCAAAAAUCCAAGCUUGUUGGCAAACAUGAUGUCCCACGCCGGCAUCACUGAACAAUCUCAGUAUGACACCUCAUUGCCAGCCGAUGUAUGGAGUACUUCUACUUUGCCUCCGUGGGGAUUUAAGGGUGAGCUUUUGAGAGCACAGCACGAGUUGCGACGAAACAUGGAGGCGCAAAAGACAUCGGGCCAGCGAACUUCGGUAGAUUUUGUGUCCGGUUCUACGUGA